AUCAUCCUUGUCUUUAGGAUUAUUCCAGUCCCCCUUCUAUUCCAGAUAACUCUUGUCCCCCUUCUAUUGGGCCUUCCAUUAGGUAAUAUCUCUUUAGGACACCAACUACUAGACGUGCGACAGAGGCAGCGGCUGCGGCGGGGAAGUGCCAGGUCAUCGACCCGACGGAGCCGUCUAAGAAAUCACCAAUGGCACCUGAACCGGCUCUGUCGCACUCCGCCACAGUCGUUUCCGAAAACGAUAGUGGCACUGGCGAGUCUUCAAGGACAUCGAGCCCUUCAACAGAAGGGAUACCCAGCCCUCAUCUCCGUGAGACAGAAGUGAAAUCGGAGCUUCCAGAACAGCCCCUGGAGUCUAAGGGCAAAGAGCCUUGUCGCACCCAUCCACCAGUAUUGGUGUCGACUAAGGUGAAAGUCGAAGUGCCUGAUCUGUCUGGGACGACAGUAGCGGAAGCUACUAGCAGUAGCAGUACCAUUGCACAGCCGUCCUCGAGCCUUAAACGCAGUAGAGCUAUCACUGCGGCGGGCACAGACGAUGGUGAAGACAAUAGUAGAUCGCGUUUCAAGCGUCGCAUGGAAGCAGCCCCGGUUUUCAUCCCAUAUGAACAGAUCCUCAAGCACCAAGAAUGGGAAGAAAACGAAAUAUACGGGGCAUACGAGGAAGGCGAGGAAUACGAGCAAGACGAAAAAGACGAGGAAGACGAGGAAGACGAGGAGGAGGAGGAGAAUUACGAGGACUGGGAAGAACACGAAGUAUUACCGGAAUGCUUUGAAGUACUGGAAGACACGGAAGACCCGGACGACCUGGACGACCCUUACCUGGUAUCACCCGAAGCCCAGCGAUACUACGAUCUAGGCCAGGACGCAGCCCCGAUCCCAUUCCACUCGUCCCUCCUCACUGGCUCCUCAAACCCACCACCUCGCGCGGAACCCGUUUACCAUCCGAGUUUCCCAGAGCGUGGUCCUCUCCGCUGUCUCGACUGCAAUAGUAUCUAUGUCGGCUUCGAGCGCUUGCUGUCCAGGAGCCGCCAUAACCCAGACAGAUACUACUUUGUAUGUGCACAGUGCGGCGAGUUCAUCUGCUGGGCCGACGAUGAAGGAAUAUAUGAGGGAAAUCCAAGGUGUCAUUGCGAAUAUCUAUCGCGCGAAAUCAUGACGAAUGAGAACGCCGUAACCCCUCGAAAACUGUUCUACAAGUGCGCCACGGGCGCUUGUAGGUUCACCAAGUUUGCGUCACAUGCACUAUCCAAGGAAGAAGUAAAUGAGUAUUACGGACGACAAAUUUAUCCUGUAUAAUGCUUAUUGCAUUUUCCUUGGGCGUUGGACAAGUUUGACAUUGGUCAUGGUUCGCUGUUAUCAUUGGAUCAGACUUCUGGACUGUUAUACCUCUCUGAUGACAGCUUCCAACUUCUUGUACUAGACGAGUUGUAAAAGUUAAUUCACAUAGUUUAUUUCCCCAAGACCAUGAAUUCAUCUUGUCUAAUGAAA